AAGUUCCUAUACAAGUGUACUGAGUAAUCAUCAAAACGUUUCAAUUUCUGCAUUUUUUCUUGUAAUAUACUGAUAAUGGAAACCUACGUCUUCUCUUUAGAUCUCAAUAAAGUUUGCAGGAUAUGUUUGUGUGAAGAUACUCAAAUGUUUUCAAUUUUCAGUGAAAUAUAUGAAGAUGAAACUUCGUCAGAAGAACUUCCAUGUCUCAAUGAAAUCAUAAGUAGUCUUUCUUCUAUGAAGGUAUUCAAAAAGAAAUCUAUGGAGAUGAUUGGACAUUACAAUUAUUUUUAUGUUAUCAACUUACAAAAUACAACCUAAUGACGGAUUACCAGAUUCUAUUUGUAGUAAAUGCGUAGAACUUGCUCACACAUGUCACAAAUUCCAAAAGUGUUGCAAUAGAUCUCAGAUUAUUUUAGAGACUUAUUUGAAUCAAUGUGGUAUAUUGAAAGACAGUCAAGUAGAAGAUCCUCUUGAAAUCGGUAAAGAAAAUGGGGAAGAAUUUCAAAUUAUUAGUAGAGAUAUACUAGAUGAUAAUAAAUCAACAUUGCUUUACAAUGAAAAUGAUCUGGAUUUGGCUGAAAAUUAUAUCAAAGAGUCCCUUAUCGAAGAAGCAAAUAAUACUCACAAAGCAAAGAAUGAACCUAGCUUGAAUCCAGACCAGUUCUUUGCAACUGGUGAUAAUUUGACAUUGGAACCAGAUGAAAAACUAACUAAAGAUGAUGAAAAGGGUGCAGAAGAGAAAAAAAUUAUAGAGAGUGAUGAAGAAGGCAGUGAUACUUUAAAAAGCUAUGAGAAAACUUUACCAACUGGUGAGAAGUUUUUUGCAUGUAAAAUGUGUGAAAGGAUUUAUAAGAAUGGCAGCAGCUUAAGAGCUCAUAUAAGAGGACACCAUAAAAAGAAUAGACCUUAUAAAUGUGAGGUUUGUGAUAAAGGUUUCAAAAUGUAUGGAUCCUUCUUCUAUCAUAAGAGAACGCAUUCAGAUGCACAACCAUACUGUUGUAACAUAUGCGGGAAAAAAUACAAGCAAGGUUCAAGUUUAAAAGCUCAUAUGAGAAUCCAUACUGGACAGAGGCCAUAUUUGUGUUCAAUUUGUGGCAGAGGUUUCAGGCAACAACCAGAUUUAAGCUAUCAUAUGCGCACUCAUACUAAGGAAAAGCCAUUUCAGUGUACAGUAUGUGGUAAGACUAUGACUAUGCAGUCCCAUUUGGUUCAGCACAUGCGUAUACAUACUGGAGAACGUCCUUUCAAGUGUAGUCAAUGUGGAAAGGCCUUCUUGUCGUCUACAUGUCUGAAAAGACAUUCAAUAGUCCAUACUGACAAAAAACCAUUCAAAUGCGAAGUAUGCGGUAAAUCUUUCAAUAGAAGUAGCACUCUGAACAUACACAGCAAAACGCACACUGAUGAGAGACCACAUGUGUGUCCAGUGUGUGAUAAAGGCUUUAUACAGGCACACACAUUAAAAACUCACCUGUCUACACAUCUUUCAGAAAUCAAGAAGGCUAAAAUUAUCAUUCGAGAAGAUUAAGUUCGGCUUGGUUUGUAACUUUUGAUUCUCUUAAUUUUAUGUUUUUUCAAUUACACAAGAGUGUUAAAUGAAUAACUGUACAGGCUUUCAGUGCAGAUGCAGGACAUUCUAGGAUCUCUGUUUUGUGUAUUUUAUCAAAAACUUUCAAUCAGCAUAACUCUUAAACGCCUUCAUGGAUAUUCAUGAAAAUUUCAGGAAUAAAGUCCAAUACUCACUUACAGUGACUUGUCGAUAACGCAGGUCGGGACUGAGAAAAUAUAUUUUUUAUGUUACAGCUUGUAAAACGCUCUUAUAGGGUAUUUACUGUAAUUUUCGACAAUAAUUUCGCUUUUGAAAAAAUUGAUGUACAUGUUGUUCGCAAGAUGUAAUAUUUUUUUUUAUAUCAGAGUUUAUUUAUCAGCAAUCAGAAUAAAUUCUAUGAGCUAAUUUUAAGAAAACUAUUUCAACAUGUCGUGAAGAUAUUCUCCCCAUUAGGAGAAUCUCUUAGUAAUCCAUCAGGUCAGUUGGCCAUUUCCUUUGCUGUCUUCUUGUUUCGUUGACUUGUGUUAAAGGUUGUAAAAGGAUAUUUGUGUGUACUUACAGUUUAGACUGAUAUUUACUACUUCUUGUUUUUAUGACAUCCUGAACAGAGGGUAUUUUCAGAUCUUCAUGAAGUGUUUGAUUAGUAACAUACCAUGGUGCGUUGGCUAUCAUACGCAGUAUCUUAGACUGGCACCUUUGGAUGAUAGCUAUAUUUGACUUGCUUGCGCAUUCCCAAAUUUCAAUUCGGUACGUCCAAAUUGGAGUCAUAAUUGUUUUAUAAGAUGUAAUAUAAAGAAUAUAUUUUUCUCAGUCUGGGCCUGCGCUAUCGAGAAGUGAAUAUUGAUCUUUGUGACCCAUUUCUUGAAAAAUCAUGCAAAUCCAUAACAACAUUCAAUGGAUCAAAGCAUUAUUCGGAGAUUCUCAGGUUUGUGUUUAUUGUAAAUUGAAAUAUACUCGAUUUUCAAAUAUUGAUAUGAAGAGUGCCAGUAUUAUCAAUUGACAGGGUUAUCAAUGUAGAUUUUGAGGAUAGAUACCCUUUUCUAAAAUUUGUUAUACAAUGUCAUCAUCAUCAUCAUUCUCAUGUACAAUGUAUAACAUAAAAAAUAUAUAUUUUCUCAGUCCUGAUCUGCAUUAUGGAUAAGUAACUAAAAGUUAAUAUUGUAAUUUAUGAUAUACUCAUUUCCUGAAGUUUUCAUGGAUCCAUAUAGGCGUCCAAGAGGUAUGCCGAUUGAAUGCUUUUGAUACAUCUGCGCUGGAAACCUGUAUAGUUCUUCAUGAAAUACCCUGUUUAUAAGGUAUGACAAAAGUUUCAGUGUUUUGGGAAAAUGUAUACUAUUAGUAUACUACUAUUUUAUGAAGAAGCCUCUUUCAAAUUCCAAUAAUAAUACAAAGAAACUUUUGCCAAGUUUCAGAAUUGUUUAUUUAUUGAUAUUCUGAGAGACGCAUGCUUAAAAGACUGAAACCAGGGAUAAGGUAUAAUAGGUGCUUAUUAAGGUUUUAAAGAAUAAAAUUUCUUAAAUUUAAAAGCCGGGAAUUUCCGCACUGUGCAUUCAAGCCUGUAUUUUGAUUAAUGUAUCGAAUGGGCUUAAUUUAUGGAUGAGAAUGAUAAGUUAUACAAAAAUCUAUCUUUUCCCCAUAAAAAGUAAGUGUUAUAUUGCAGAUACAAAUGGCACUUGCCAAUUUGAGAUUUUUUCUGAAAAGUUUCUUGAAAAGUUGAAACUGUUUCAAGUAUUAUCCUAGUGUGAAAUCAAAAUUUCCGCAAGUUUUGGCACUUGAGAUAGGUUUUACCUUAAUUCACUGCAAGUAAUUACUACUGAACUAUUCUGUAGUUAAAGUUAGUUAAAGAUUUACUAUCAAAUAUUUAAGUGGAGUAUUGGUGUUAAAAUUAUCUGUUUGUUGUUAUAAUCAAGAUUGUUGCUCUAACUAGUUCCAACUCUCUCUUCCUAAAACUUCUCUAUCAUUUCCCUUCUUUUUUCAUCCAAAACAAAGAAGAUUUCUAGUUGAGAUAAUUAUCCAAGAUAAACAACAAGUAAAUCUAAUAUAAUGACUUUAUCAAUAUAAAAGUACAUAGAAAUAUUUAUAAAGAAUAGUAUACAUUGAUGAUCAAUAAGUAUAAAAUUAUUAUUGAUUCUCAUUCAUAUAAUAAUACGUUUUAACAUUAAUGGUACACACCAUCCUGAAUCAGUUCUAACAGACAACAAAACAAGAAUGACUUGGAAAAUUGUCCAAACAUGUUCUUUUUCUCAAAUUAUCAUAUUACUAAUGAAUUUUCGAAUACAGACUAGAAAAGUUUGUGAUGCAAUAUAGGAAUCAUAAAAAUUAAUUGAUGAAUGAAUCUUUGUUGGAUAUAAAAAUUAGUGAAUGAGCUGAGACCUAGUAAAUUGCAGUUACAAUAUAUAUUAAAAGAAAUUAUUUCAAUUCAAGAAACAUCAUUAGAUCACAGAACCAAUAUUUUGAAGCAUAUUUCUCCAAAAGUGAUGAUAAAUAUUGGAAUUUGUUAUGGAAUAAUAUGCUCUAUUGAGCUUGUAGAUUUGAGAUAAAAUGCAUUCAGGUUAUCCCAACAAAAAUAGACAAAAACCUCCAAUUAAGUUAAUUUUGGACCAUCUGUAUAUUGUAAUCUCCGCCAAGAAUUAAAAUAACUGAAGAUGAAAGUAACAAUGUAGAGAAUAUUUCCAGUGAAAUACUUUCCAAUAUUUUUCAACACUGUUUCAGAAAACAUAAACCCUUUCAAUAUUUUUUUCUAUACAUCAUUCUACCUUUUUCUUCAACUAAUCUAUUAAUCUGUUUCAUCUAAUUUUUAGUCACUCAAUUGACAAUUAGACUUUAUCCUCAUAGAAACAAUUUCAAUUCUGUUCUUUCUAUCUUUAUAAACAGAUUUCAAAAUGUUUCUAUUUCUAAAAGCUCAUAAGAUACUCAACUGCAUUGAAAAUGUGCACAUCCACAUGUGGCUACUUUGUGAAAACUAUUAUAUCAGAUAUUUGGUGGUCUACCACAAAUUACACCUUCACCAAUCUCUCGAAAUCAGAAUUUGAGCAGAGAAAGUAACAAAUAGCAUGUGAGUUUGGUACCUACUAAUUAUGUUGAAUUUAGAUUGGUUCAUAUACUUUCCAAGAUUUUCUGUGAGAUUGGUAAAGCUGUAUAAUUCUAGUGUCACUGACGAUACCUGUAACUUCUUUCUGUGAUAAAUGUUAAUUGUGAAGGUCUCGUUUUUGAUGGUUAUCUCAAGAUGUAACAUGUUCUUUAAUUUUUCUGUGAUAAGAGCUUCACGAUAAUAAAAAUUAUUUAAAAGUA